AUGCGGGUAUCGGCACGCGCGGUGCGCCGGCAGCGCAAGAACGCGGCUGCAACUGCGGCCGCCGAGCAGAGCGAAAGCGUUGCCAGUCACGGCACGAAGGAGGCGAGUGCAGAAGGGGACGCGUACGCAUGGCACACGUUCGGGUCAGACGACGAAGUGGGACCAGCCGCAACGACACGCACCAACCGCGAUGAGGAGCACGACGACAGUGACGCACAGCUCUCUUCAUCCGACUCGGAAGCCGAGGGGACGCUCAUCUCUGGCACGAACGCAGUGCCGGGCGCCGGCGGGCUGACGGGCACAGCUGUGACGAUGCAGCAAGUGGACGAGGACGAGGACGAUGACGAGGACGACGACCGUCCCCUCGGUGCUCCCGUGUGGUUGUCGACCACCAAACGCGCUUCGUCUGGGUCCAACCUGACCAACGCGGCCACUGCCGCAGCAGCAGCGAAUCCACCAGCAGCAGAGGUGAAGAAGGAAGACACGACGGUGCAGCUUCUUUUUCAAGGUCUUCGGUCGGACGAUGCGCAUGCAGAGAGCAGUGCGGAACAGGACGGCUGGUCUGGCAUCGAGAGGGGCCGUCGCAUUGCGUUCCAGUAUGUGCAGAUGCUGCGCGCUGAGGGUAUCAUUUGA